CCAAAACGGCAGAAAAAACAACUAUCCAACCAUGAGGGCAACGGCUCAGGCUACCGCAGGGGGUGCCUCUCCUCUACCCGAGGAGAGCCCACUUGUGAAGGACCUGAGACGGCGACUUCAGGAGGUCCAACGAGCCCAUCAAGACCAACUCCAAGUCAAUGCUAAACAGACAAGGAGACUGAGAGAGUUAGAGGAGGUGUUACAGCAGAAAGUAAACCUCGAGAAGAAGUUUGAGGAGCUCCAGAAAGAGCUGAGCCAAGCUCGAGAGGAAAAGGAGGCAAUGAUAGAGUUUGGGGAAUAUCUGCUCGAAGAAAAAGACAAGGAAAGAGAUCAAAUGUUAAAGAAGGGUAGACAGAUGGUAAACCAGUAUGUGGAGGGCCUCUACCAGGACAACGAAAAUCUUAAGAGGUUCUCCCAAGAACAGCAGAGUCUCGCCAGCAAAAACCAAGAAAAGGUGAAGCAGCUGGAACAACAACUGAAACUGCAGAAGGCAAAACAGACACUACUAUAA